AUGACAGUCCAUACCCCACUGAGCCAAAAUGGGUGUGUUGUUCAGGACUCGCUGACAUUGGAAGACGUGGCUGUGAACUUCACCCAGGAGGAGUGGGCCCUGCUGGACACUGCACGGAGGCAGCUCUACAGAGAUGUGACCCUGGAGACCUGCGGUCACCUGGCCUAUGUGGAUUGGGUGAUUCGACAUCAAACCAAAGACUCGACCCCUCAGCAGAACAGCCUUGCUAAAAGGACAUUUCAGGGAGUCAACAUAGCACACCUGGCGAGCAGCAGUUCCCGACUCUCCGAUCUCAGAGAAGACUGGAUGCGAACACUGAAGCAAGUUGCAGCCGCCCACGAGAAAGAUGCCUCUCCCGCUGGAUUCUGGGAAUAUCCCGAGACGAGGGACGUCUCUAACCCUGGCCAGAAGAUUGUGCCAUCACACGGAGAUUCCACCAGGAAACAUAACCCAAGACGUAACUCAGACAUUUUGAAACAAAUUCUCCUCUUACCCAGUAAUCAAAAAAUCUAUACGAACAAUGAAGAUGACCGAGUCAAGUGGCAGGAAAUGCCAUGGAUUCCACGUGCAAGAACUCAGACAGAGCUGAAAUCAAAGGCACAGAUGGAUCAUCAGAAUGACCUGCUUCAUUUGCAGGCUGAAAUGUACAUGGGCGUGAGCAUCCGCGAAUACAGUCCACGUGGGAAAGCCUUAGAGGGAGACAUCUCCCUUAGGACACGAGGGAUGCCCAUGAAAGAGAAACCUCGUCAUUCUCAUCAGUGUGAAAACACCUUCUUAAAUAACUCUCUCCCUGCCGGGCAGACACAACCCAAUGAGGCAGAGACAAAUAAUGAGAAUAAUCAAAGUGGGAAGACACUUGUCCCCGUUCCGACUUCCAAUUCGCACAGGAGAACUUCGAUGGGGGGGAAAAGCUAUAAGUGCAGGGACUGUGGGAAGGGCUUCAUGUAUCAGUCGUCCCUUAAGAAACACAUGAAAAUUCACAUGGGAGAGAAGCCCUACGCAUGUGAGAAUUGUGGGGAAACCUUCAGAUAUAUCUUACACCUUAAUAAACAUUUGAGAAAUCACCACCUGAAGACCUUUGAAUGUCCGGAAUGUGGGAAACGUUUCAACAGGUCCUCAAAGCUUAAGGAACAUAUUAGGAUUCACACUGGAGAGAAACUCUAUAAAUGUCAGGAAUGUGGGAAAACCUUCACUAGGUCCUCAAAUUUUAAGGGACAUAUUAGGAUUCACACUGGAGAGAAACCCUAUAAAUGUCAGGAAUGUGGGAAAACCUUCCAUAGGUCCUCAAAUUUUAAGGGACAUAUUAGGAUUCACACUGGAGAGAAACCCUAUAAAUGUCAGAAAUGUGGGAAAAGCUACACUAAUUAUUCAAGUCUUAAAGCCCAUCUGAAGAAGGUCUGCGGAUGA